CCAACAAGCGCCAGCAUACAAGGUCAUGCUAAGCCAUCCUAUCGGCCUUUCCAAAAUCCUCUACAACGAAACCAACCUCGCCAAUCAUCGCCAUGUCGGAUUAUCCAACUCAAGAGGCCAUCCACGGCGCCGUAGAGGAAUAUUCAAUUACCAGUUUCAUCUGCAGCACACAAAACUCCAAUAUCUGUGAAGAUGAAGAGUACAUUGCCAACUUUGACCUGGAUCUUCUGGCAGCCGAACUGUUGCCUGAGUCGAGCGUUGAGGGAGCAGCGUCAGACUCGGCGUCUUCUGAAGGCAUAUUCAAUGCCACUUCUCUCUUGGGUCUUGGUGCAGUCAUUCCAAAUGACAUAUUUAACAGUAGGAGGCAACCGUCUCACACCACAGACGAAUAUGUUCCUUAUCAGUAUUGCGAGCAACAAUACAGUUCCUCCUAUUUUUAUCAGCCACAAUUGGACCUUUCUCAAUAUGACGACAAAUUGGGAGAAUCUUUUCAGCAAAAGAAUAUUUCUCAGCCAUACGAUCAGCAUUGUGGGUAUGUUUAUCAUAAUGAUCAACAAAUGGGUGUAUAUCAGCAACCUCAUCGACAGUCGGGUAUUUCUUACGAGUGUGACCAACAGUCUGAUGUGUCUGGAAGUGUCACUUCAAAGAAACGGAAAGGCUAUCGACAUCGGCAUCAGCGUCAGUUCCUCAGCAGUGUUGAGGAACGAGAUCAGCGGUCCCGCGUCUUCAACAACGAGGUUCCGGCCAAUUACCGAAGGAAGAUGCACGAUCUCCACAACCAAGCUCGCAUGGCGUUGGAUAACCUUGAGCAGGGCAACCAGCAACUGACGCAGAGGUUUCGCCUCCUUCAGAAGUUCUGCUCCCACUACAGUACUCGCAUGGAGGCUCUCCGUGUUCCAGCGAGAAGCAGCUGCUAAUACCCACCUGAAUCCUUUGCAUCAAGUGGUCCAACUACGUGCCUUAUCGAAUAUACUUGCUGAACAUUAAAUCGUCAAUUACAUCUUUUUCUCAUUUGUGCUUCUCUAAUGAUCUUUCUGUAUACAUUACAGAUAUUUAUUGGAAUGAAACAAAGACAGAAAAGACUCGAUGCCAAAAACUUUAUUUAUAUAUA